GCUGGGUUGUUAUAUUUGUUAUAUUUGUGACCAGUGCAGAAGUACCAGCCCUACCGUUGCACUCGAUUCUGCAUGCUGGCAGAGUCUGAAAGGACAGCCUUUGAUCCAUCGCGGGCCAUUUCGUCUUUUGGGCAAUCACGUCGGCCACAAUUGGACAGUUUGGUGUUGAAUAACAAAAUGAGGAAAGAAAUUCUACUGCCGUUGCGAUUCGCAGAAAACAAGGGAAUGGAGAGAUGUCAAUCAUGCCAUCUUCGAUUUUGAAAGCUUUCUCUCAUUCGAACCAUCAAGGUUCUCAUGCCCAGCUUCGCUCCCAAUGUCAAACAAUGAGCAGGAACUCUUGAAUUUGCUUUGCCUAGCUCUGAUAGCAGACUUUCUAAGUUUUUGACUUUCCGGGUUUCUGAGCUAGAAAAUUCAAUUGACAAAAUAAAUAUUAGACCUCGGUCGCAUGUUGAUCUCACACUUAUUUGACCAUCAUUAUUCCAUCAUAUUCCCAGAGUACUUUUCCCGAAAGCCUUCUCUCUCUCCUUCUACCUCUUAUCUUUACACACCUUUCUGUGGUGCUGUUCACGAGAUGUUCAAUUCUCGAUUUUCUAUGAUUCUCAGAAGUGUGUUGCUGUUUUCGUUGCUCAGCGCAAUCAGCAGUGCUCAGAUCACGCUCACGGGCUGCCAUAUCCAGGAGGGACAAGAAGUAUGCUUUUUCCCUGGGGGGGCCCAAACCACAAUUAGCAGCAACACUGCUACCCUAGCACUAACAACAACAACAACAACUCCAACACAAACUCCAACACCAACACCAACUUCUCCAACCUCGGUGAUCGCAGAGACGACUGGAAAUGUGCAGACCACUGCCAUUACUGACUGCCAUCAACAUGAUACUACUCAGUAUUGCGUGAAAGGCAAUGGGGAAGAGGUUCAGGUAUUGGCGACUGCCACUGGUAAUGAAGCUCUCCCUACCGCUUAUAAUGGCUGUCAUUCUCACGGUUCUACUACAUUUUGCCUGGGACCCGAUGGUGCUGAAGUUGAGGUCGUUGGUUCUACUGAAGAGGUUGUCUCCACUGGGGAGGAGAGUUCUACAGAGUCUGAAGGUGGGGAGAAUUGCCACUUCCACGCCGGUGUUGAACAUUGUGUUGGUGGAUCUACCGAAGCAACCUGUGAGAGAAAAGAUCGUGAUUACAAUGUCAAACUCCGCAUUGGGUUGUUGUUUGUCAUUCUCUUUACAAGUGCAAUUGGGGUCUAUGCUCCAAUUUUUAUGGCACGAGUUCUGAAAACCAAUGGAACUGGAAUCGUUUUCACCAUUGUUAAGCAGUUUGGUACUGGUGUCAUCAUCGCCACAGCCUUGAUCCAUCUUGCGACCCACGCUUCAUUGAUGUUUGGCAACAGUUGUCUUGGUGAAUUGAAAUACGAAGCAACCACGACCGCUAUUAUGAUGGCUGGUGCAUUUAUCGCUUUUUUAAUCGACUUUACUGGUCAUCGAAUUGCACAUUGGCGCCUACAGUCCACCAUAAAAAGACAAACUGGCAGUAUUAGCUCUCAGGACGCCCCACGCGAAGAGGAAGCAGUGAAAGAUCACCCUACAUCUACGCUCGCGCACCUAAGCCAUCACCACGACAACAACAGUGUUGGAACCACUCACGCCAAUGAUGGUCUCAGUAUCUUCAUACUUGAGGCUGGUAUCAUUUUCCACUCUCUUCUUAUUGGUAUUACAUUAGUAGUGGCAGGCGACUCGGUUUUCAUCACACUCUUUAUAGUCAUCGUCUUCCACCAAAUAUUUGAAGGACUUGCUCUUGGCGCCCGAAUCGCAGUGAUUGAUGGCCUUAAAACCACCAAGUACAUAAUUCUUCCCAUGGCCUUUACACUUGUAACUCCAACUGGAAUGGCCAUUGGUAUUGGCGUUAUCAACAAGUUCAACGGUAAUGAUCCAUCAACCAUUGUUGCACUUGGAACCUUGGAUGCUCUAUCUGCUGGUAUUCUUACCUGGAUCGGCUUCGUCAACAUGUGGGCUCAUGACUGGAUUUAUGGUGAGUUGAGGGAUGCUGGAUUGAUCAAGACCUCAGUCGCUUUGAUCAGUCUAAUGGCAGGCAUGGCGUUGAUGGGGCUCCUUGGAAAAUGGGCAUGAAACCCGAUGGUUCAAUGAUUUGACUGAACUUCUGUUCAAGUAAUCAAUUUCAAUAGUAAAGUCAAAAGUCUCACAGUCGGAUCUUUUGUAAGCUUUAAUGGCAUCUAAAAGGAAAGUAUAUUGAAAAGAUUAUAUUAGUUGAUUUAAAGUUUCAUAUUCAAUUGCCGUUGGAGUCGAGUCGCGUCUUUCAUACGCUUCGGCAGCUGUGACCGUGAAAGCCAUGCAUCCAAAUGUGGGGGAUACCCGUAAAAGGGCCCCACAGGAAGGGUUGGCUCCAUUGAAUGUUCCAUUUGGUCAGGAAAUAGAUUAGUAAACAGAACGCGAAGGCCACCAGUGGGUGUACGGACUCACAGGGUAUA